CUCCCUCUCUUUUUUUACUAGCUAAUUCAGCUUUUUGGAACUUGAAAUAAUAUCCUCAAAAAAAAUAUAGUAAUAAUAAAAUAAUAAACUUUUCUUUUGUAUGCUUAUUAGUGGCAACACAUGUGAUCAAGAAGAGGAAUAAUUUCACAUAGUUUUCCUUUUCAUGUGAAGAGAAAAACCUCUCUAGUAGUAUAGUACACUCCAUAUAUAUAUAUAUCCAUAUCAUUACAUAUAUAAUUCUCUCAUACAUUUUUUGUGUUCAAGUUUGAUCAGUUAUAAAAGGUUAUUACAUUAUUAUUGAAGAAAAAAAUAAUGGGUGAAGAAGCUAAGCAACAAGAACAAGCUAAAGAAGAAGCUAAGCCAAUUGAAGUAAUUGAAGAGAAGAAAGAAGAUAAAGAAGAAAAGAAAGUAGAAGAAGAAGAGGCUAAACCACAACCACAACCACCACCACCACCAUCUCCUUUUAUUUUGUUUAUUGACUUACAUUGUGUAGGUUGUGCUAAGAAAAUUGAAAGGUCUUUAAUGAAAAUUAGAGGAGUGGAGGCAGUUGGUAUAGAUUUUGGUAAAAAUGAAGUGAGUAUAAAGGGAAUAGUGGAGCCUCAAGCAGUGUGCAACAAAAUCAUGAAAAAGACUAAAAGAAGAGCUAAAGUGUUGUCCCCAUUACCAACUGCUGAGGGUGAACCUAUGCCUCAAGUUGUCACUUCACAGGUUGAUGGACCAGUUACUGUUGAACUUAGUGUAAAUAUGCACUGUGAGGCUUGUGCAAACCAACUUAAGAGCAAGAUACUCAAAAUGAGAGGAGUUCAAACAGCUGUAACUGAGCUGAGUAGUGGGAAAGUCAUAGUAACAGGAACAAUGGACGCAACCAAAUUAGUGGAAUAUGUUUACCGACGCACAAAGAAACAAGCCACUAUUAUCCCACAGCCUCAGCCUGAACCCGAACCUGAACCUGAACCUGAAAAGAAAGAAGAAGAGGCUGAAAAACCACCACCAUCGAAAGAAGAAGAAAAUAAACCACCACCACCACCGCCGGAAGAAGAAGUAAAGAAAGAGGAGGAAAAACCACAAGAAGAUCAAGAUCAAGCAAGUAAAGAAGAAAAUAAGGAAAAUAAUAAUGGUGAAGAUAUGAUGAUGAUGAUGAACCAUAAUAAUGGUGGGUAUGGAAGUGUUGAUGAAGAGAAUAUGAAGAGAAUGAUUCACUAUUAUCAACCUCUAUAUGUUAUUGAAAGAAUCCCAGCUCCUCAGUUGUUUAGUGAUGAGAAUCCUAAUGCAUGUUGCAUUUCAUAAUAAUAAUAAUAAUAAUUAUAUAUAAUAAUAACACAAAAAAAAGUUAUAAUUAAGAUGUACAAUGUAUGAUGAAUAUUAUUACUACCACUAAUUAAUUAUAAUUAUAACCAGUACUUGUGAUGAUAGUAUUUUUAAUGUCAACAAGUUUGGUGGGUAGUAAUGAAUAAUGGUUAAUUAUUAAUUAAUUGAUUUAAU